UUGAAACACCACCUACCUUCCUUUACCUUCUUGUCUCUUUGCGUCUCUCUCUCUCUGCGUGUGACUCUGACUUCUUCUUCUUCUUAUCUCUCUCUCUCUCUCUCUCUCUCUCUCUCUCUCUCUCUCUCUCUCUCUCUCUCUCUCUCUCUCUCUCUCUCUCUCUCUCUCUUACACUCUUCUUCAUACAUUCUCCUUUUCCUCUCAAACUCAAUUCUCCUUUUAUCAUCACAAUCUCACCUUUCCCUUUUCAACCCUCACUCAACCCAUCUUUCUCUCUCAUAAUCCUCUUUACAAAGUUCAAUUUUUUCACCAUUUCGUGAUCUGGGUAUGGCCAUAAUAAGGAACAUAAUAGAAGACAUGAGAUCGAGAUCUCAAAGGGUAGUUGUAGUGGAAAAAGAAGAGAAAGCUCUUGUUGGCGACGGUUUAAGACAGAGUUGUUGGGCUAACAUGCCACAAGAGCUUCUCCGUGAAGUUCUCCUCAGAAUUGAAGCGUCCGAGGAUACAUGGCCGCCGAGGAAGAACGUUGUUGCUUGUGCCGGAGUUUGUCGGAAUUGGAGAGUUAUCACUAAAGAAAUCGUUAAAAAACCUGAACUUUCUGCUAAGAUAACUUUCCCCAUUUCGGUUAAACAGCCUGGUCCAAGGGAGAAUCUCCUUCAAUGCUUCAUAAAGCGCAACCGAUCCACUCAAACAUAUUAUUUGUUUCUCAGUUUAACUAGUUCGUUAGGUGAUGAAGGAAAGUUCCUUCUGGCUGCCCGCAAAAGCAGACGUCCUACCUGCACAGAUUAUAUCAUCUCUCUAGAUGCAGAUGAUAUGUCAAGGGGAAGUAAUACCUAUGUUGGGAAACUGAGAUCAAAUUUCCUCGGAACAAAGUUCACAAUCUAUGACAGCCAGCCACCUCAUACAGGAGCUAGGUUUACUAAAAGUCGUUCUACUAGGUUGGUGAAUCUAAAGCAGGUUUCACCCAAGGUCCCAACCGGCAACUAUCCCGUGGCUCACAUCUCGUAUGAAUUGAAUGUGCUUGGCUCGAGGGGGCCUAGGAGAAUGCACUGUGUCAUGGAUUCCUUACCAUCCUCUUCGAUUGAACCAGGAGGAGUAGCUCCUACACAAACCGAGUUUUCUCUAAACAACAUAGAAAUGUUUCCCUUGUUUCCUUUUUUCCGAUCAAAAUCAAAUCGCGUGAUGGAGAACUCUCUAUCCGGACCCCUAGUUGGUAAUCAAAAAGACGGAUUACUUGUGUUGAAAAACAAGGCUCCGAGGUGGCACGAGCAGCUGCAGUGUUGGUGCUUAAACUUUCACGGGCGCGUGACAGUUGCCUCGGUUAAAAACUUUCAGCUGGUGGCUUCCGCAGAAAACGGAACUGCUGGACCAGAACACGAUAAGAUUAUUCUGCAAUUUGGAAAAGUUGGGAAGGAUUUGUUUACAAUGGAUUAUCGAUACCCUAUUUCAGCAUUUCAGGCAUUCGCAAUCUGCCUCAGCAGCUUCGAUACCAAGAUUGCUUGUGAAUAACAUGUUAAAACAGAUUAUGUUACAAUCGAAGAAAUAUGUUUGAAUGUGACUUAGUGGGAAGCAAUGUGAUGAAAAGUGUUUAUGAAGGUGAUUGGAUGAUGAAUGGUGUUGAACUGAAAAUGUAUAAAGACGAUGCUGCACAUAUGAGUUUUCAGUUAGUUUGUGGAAUCACCAUGAAAAAAUUUGAAUGUUACUUGUCCUCAUUUAUAUGUAUAUUAUUAUUAUUGUUCCCCUUGUGUUGUAGAUAAAUUCUUUCUCACUCAUUUUUUUCCUUUCUUUUCUUUAACAAUUUGCUUUUCAUUUUAUGCAAUAUAUAGUGGUUGAGUCUUCUUUCAAA